CCAGUGCUGUCUGCAAAGAAGCAUUUCAAACGUACUUAGACUUAGCUUGUGAGAAGUGAAGAGAAAGAGAGAAAGAGAUCAAACCCCAAAGGAAGAGGGUGGAAAGUAACAGUCAGGAUUAUCUUUUCCAUUUAUCUCUUUCCUAUCAUAUGGAUUUUACAAACUACACAACCUCCCCCAGAGCCAGACUUUUAUCAUGAGUGCACUGAAGCUGGAUCUCCCCUCUCUACCCAAGUGAUCAGAACUUUGAGGGGCAGGCACCAGCUGUCUUUAAUGGUAAAGUAUUUAUUCCUGCUCCCCAGCCCACUGGAUCUCUUUAUCUCCCCUCCACAGGGAGCUGCGUGAAGGAGGAGAGGAGAGAGAUGCAUGUGGUGUGGCUCAGGCAGCCUGCCUCCUGGCUGCUGGUCCUGUGGGCUGCUGCUCCCUUCUUGUGGCUGCGCUGCAUCCUGGCUGAUUUCACCUUGGACAAUGAGGUGCACUCCAGUUUCAUCCACAGGAGGCUGCGGAGCCAGGAGCGCCGGGAGAUUCAGCGGGAGAUCCUCUCCAUUCUGGGUUUGCCCCACCGGCCCCGGCCCCAUCUGCACGGCAAGCAGAACUCUGCCCCCAUGUUCAUGCUGGAUCUCUACAAUGCCAUGUCGGUGGAGGAGGAGGCGGCAGGAGCAGCAGGGGAAGAGGGAGAGGGAUUCUCCUAUCCUUACAAGCCCAUCUUCAGCACCCAGGGGCCACCCCUGGCCAGCCUACAGGACAGCAACUUCCUCACUGAGGCAGACAUGGUUAUGAGCUUCGUGAAUCUGGUGGAGCAUGACAGAGAGUUCCAUCAUCAACGCUAUCACCAUCGGGAGUUCAGGUUUGAUCUUUCCAGAAUCCCAGAGGGGGAAGCAGUGACUGCUGCCGAGUUCAGGAUAUAUAAGGAUUACAUCCGAGAACGGUUUGAUAAUGAAACAUUCCAGAUAAGUGUCUACCAGGUACUGCAAGAGCACCCAGGACGGGAUUCAGAUUUGUUUCUGCUUGACACUCGAAUAAUCUGGGCUGCAGAGGAAGGUUGGCUGGUGUUUGAUAUUACAGCAACCAGUAAUCACUGGGUGGUAAAUCCACAACACAAUCUUGGCCUGCAGCUAUCAGUUGAGAGUAUAGAUGGACAAAGCAUCAAUCCCAAACUGGCUGGUCUUAUUGGAAGACAUGGCCCACAAAAUAAGCAGCCUUUCACGGUAGCAUUCUUCAAAGCCACAGAAGUGCAUCUCCGCAGUAUUCGUUCCACGGGAGGCAAACAAAGGAGCCAAAAUAGAUCGAAAACACCAAAAAACCAGGAAGCCUUUCGGGUGUCCAACAUUGCAGAAAACAGCAGCAGCGAUCAGCGGCAAGCCUGCAAGAAACACGAACUUUAUGUCAGUUUCAGAGAUCUUGGCUGGCAGGACUGGAUAAUUGCUCCAGAAGGCUAUGCUGCAUAUUACUGUGAAGGAGAAUGUGCCUUCCCAUUGAACUCCUACAUGAAUGCUACAAACCAUGCUAUCGUACAGACACUGGUUCACUUUAUAAACCCAGAAACUGUGCCGAAGCCAUGCUGUGCUCCUACACAACUCAAUGCCAUUUCAGUGCUCUAUUUUGAUGACAGCUCCAAUGUUAUCUUGAAAAAAUACAGGAACAUGGUGGUACGGGCAUGUGGCUGCCAUUAGGUUUUCAGGAAGGGAAAAAAAAGAAUGGCUGUAAAGAGCGUUUUGAUAUGAAUUUGCAAAGAGAUUUAAGUCUCCUGCAUUGAACUGCCUUAAUUAAAUAAAAAAAAAGUUUGUAGGGACCACGCUUCUGAAGGUGCAGAAUCAACAGGAGAUAGUGGAAUAAAUUCUAGAUUCCAAGUGGCAUUUGAGUAAAGUUUGUUUUAGCUUAUUAUAGACAUGAUUCUGCAAACUGGUGCUAAGUGAAACAAGCCAGAGGAACCAUUUAAAAAUUAAGCCCGUCCAAAAUAAUUGCUCUUACUUCUGCAAAUGAGUCUUUCAGAAGAUGGCUAACUCACCAGUGUUGAUUGUGAACAUCUUUUUUAAACAAAUCCAUCCAGGGUGAGAAUCUGGAGCAUUUAUGCACAAAGUAAUAAAUAUUUGUUUUUCCUGUAAUAAAUUGUUCACAAUAAAAUGGACCUGGAAAAAGAUAUAUUUUGUUAAAGAAUUACCUCCAACCCUUGGUUUAUCCAGCCUCAUAAUCAGGAGAAAGACUAAGCACAGGAACUUCUACUAGCAAAAAAUAUCUGGAUUGACUCAAAUUAAAAAGGACAAGUCUAGAAAUAUCUUUUGGAAUUGAAAGAAUUGAAGAAAAUAACUCCAAAGAACAAUAUUAUCUUGAUAUAUAUUUUCUAUGUCGGGAUAAUAUCUAUUUCAACUACCAUCAAGAAUUUGCAUUUAUUAUGGACGAAAACAGCUAAAAGCAAAAUUUAAAUAAUAGCGAAUAAAGCCCAAACAGUUUGGUAACCCAACUCUCCACUUGGACAUCUCAAACGCUUACAAGGUUAUAAAAGGCAAGCACAAAAUCCUGCUCCCAUAGGAAAAAUACCCAUCAAUUUCAAUGGGUGCAGAUCAGGCCCCUGGAAUUUUGCAAGUCUGUAGACUUGAUCCUGUGAGGAGAUGAAAGCCAAGGAUGGUGCUGAAUGAACACCCAGCACUAUGCAGAAUCAGGUCCUUAAUAGAGAAAAGAAACCCAUGACAUUUGUAAUCCUGGUUCCCUGGGUCAGUAUUUUCUGGGUGACUCCUAUCUUACUGUCAGUUUCAUCUGCAGUAAGAAAACUGCUCUUUUAGUUUUAAGCCACAGUUGAAAUCCAGAUCGGAUGCUCCCCCACACCCUUUU